UAGCAAGUGGUACAAUAUCAGCCUUGCAUUUAAAAUUCAAAAACAAAAAUCUGAUUCCAGUGUAUGAACUGAGGUCUCUUCUUUGGGAAAAUAAGUAUCAUGACAUAUUUUUAGAUCUCUUACGUUUCUUAGCUUUCAGAAAUAUCAAAGAAAGACCCAGGAGUAGGUUUAGCAUUUUCAUCCAUAAGAACUUGUGUGGCCUUUGUGCAAACAAGUCUUGUCUGCUGCUGCGGUAACCUGAACAAUCCUUCAACAUUAAAUGGGAUGUCGAUGGAUGUACUACCCAAGGACUGCUACUCUUCAAUGAGAUGUCUACCUCCCAUAAUUAAUUAGCUCCUGCUGUUUGAUGGACGCCAAGUUUGAACAGGUCCAUGGUUGCACAUCAUGAUAUGCGGCCAAUAACCACUGAAUUGCUCAAAAAGAAAAUCCCCAUCCUUCUCCAAAUGGAGAGAAAACUAUCCUUACUUUUGAUGGUAUAUCUGCUUACAGGAAUCUCAGCAACCAAAUAUGAUGAAUUCACGUACAAUGGAUUCCAAAGGAGUGACUUGUACCUUGAUGGCAUAGCAGAGAUCACACCCAAUGGCCUUCUGAGAUUAACCAACACUACAACGAACCAGCAAGGACAUGCAAUCCACAAAGUGCCACUGCAUUUCAAGAACACCUCAGAUGGUAAUGUUUACUCUUUCUCUACUUGCUUUGUUUUUGCAGUACUCACGGAAUAUCCAGAUGUGAGUGGCCACGGACUUGCAUUUGUGCUCUCUCCAACCAGGGGGCUCCCUGGGGCUUUGCCCAAAGAAUACCUUGGUCUCUUCAACGCUACCAAUAAUGGCAAGUCAUCAAAUCAUGUCCUUGCCGUUGAGCUAGACACCAUCCAAAAUAUGGACAUUGGAGAUAUUGACAACAACCAUGUCGGAAUUGAUGUCAAUGGAUUGAGGUCGAGAAACGCCGCGCCGGCAUCAUAUUUCAUUGAGAAAAUUGGCAAGUUUAAGAACCUCAGCCUUAUAAGCGGGGAACCUAUGCAGGUGUGGGUAGAUUAUAGCAAUCCAGAGAAGAAGCUAAAUGUAACAAUAUCCCCCAUCAGUGUGCCCAAACCAAGCCAUCCAUUGCUGUCUUCUUUCAUUAAUCUCUCCUCGGUAAUUUUAGACACCAUGUAUAUUGGCUUCUCUUCUUCUACGGGUUCCAUUCUAACAUCCCAUUAUGUUCUGGGUUGGAGCUUUAAGAUGAAUGGGCAAGCGGAUGCCCUCAACCUGUCCAGCCUUCCUUCACUUCCUUUGAAAAAGCAUAGAAGAAACCUAACAUCUUUGAUAAUUUGGCUGUCCUUAGGAGUAGUGGUGUUCAUAACUAUAACCGCCUGCAGUAUUGCUUACAUAAUAAGAAGAAAGGCAAGAUAUGCUGAGGUUCUUGAAGAGUGGGAGCUAGAAAAUAGAACUCAUAGAUUCUCAUAUAAAGAACUAUUCAAGGCUACCAAAGGCUUUCCCGAGAAAAAUCUUUUGGGAGUUGGCGGUUUUGGAAGAGUUUACAAAGGCGAGCUGCCCACCUCUAAAACUGAAAUUGCAGUGAAGAGGAUUUCUCAUGAUUCUAAGCAAGGAAUGAGGGAGUUUGUUGGGGAGAUUGCGAGUAACAGUCAGCUCCGUCACCGCAAUUUGGUCCAGCUUCUUGGCUAUAGCCGUAGGAAAGGGGAAGUCCUUUUGGUCUAUGAGUUCAUGCCCAAUGGAAGUCUUGACAAGUUCCUCUACGACGCAAACAACCCAACGACACUUGGCUGGAGUCAGAGACUAAAAAUUAUCAGAGGUGUGGCUUCAGGUUUGCUCUACCUGCAUGAAGAGUGGGAGCAGAUUGUUGUACACAGAGACAUAAAAGCAAGCAAUGUCUUGCUGGACGGUGAAAUGAAUGGAAAGUUGGGAGACUUUGGACUAUCAACAUUGUAUGAUCAUGGUAGCGAUCCCCAAAUCACUCGUGUGGUGGGAACUUUCGGUUACAUAGCUCCAGAGCUCACUAAAACAGGCAGGGCAACUACGAGCACUGAUGUCUUCGCCUUCGGAGUUUUCGUACUUGAGGUUGUCUGUGGAAGGAGGCCAAUAAUUCAACAAGAAUCACAGGAGCUUUAUUUGGUGGACUGGGUGUGGAGGAGUUGGAGGAAUGGAGUAAUUCUAGAGGUUACAGAUGCAAGACUGGGAGGUGAUUACCAUCUGGGGGAAGUGGAAAUGAUCUUAAAGAUUGGAUUGCUUUGUUCACAUCCUGUGCCUGCAGCAAGACCAACCAUGCGCCAAGUGAUGCAGUUCUUGGAUGGUGAUCUUUCGCUGCCGCAAAUGCCCAAGGGUGGGACGGGCAUCACUAUUUCAUCACGAGAGCAUGCUGAAGAAUUAGAAGAAUCAUAAUAUCAUAUCUAUUUUGUAUAUAUAUGUAUUCUCAGCAUGAGUAUAAUUUGGCUCUGCUAGUAGGGAUUGUUCGUUGGCCUUGUUAACUUAUAAAUUGUGAGAAAUCGAUUUCGAUACCGCACCACCGGUAAUUAGAAUUGUGCUAUUUAGACAG